GCCAAUAAUGUACCUAAUUCAUGCGAUAGUAAAGUCGGGUUGAAAUUUUUCGCCUCGUAUGCAAUCUGCGAAUCUCUUCUAAACCUUUUUUGAACAGUUUAGCUAUUUGAAGCAAAAUGAGUCAUUGUCACGACGAGCAUUGCGAUCAUGAUCAUGAUGAUCUGCCCGAAUCCGGAGAACAAUUUUUGCUAUAUUCAAAGAUUGAUUUAGAUAACGUACGUUGUCUAAAUGAAGCUGAACCUGAAAGCAUCAAAAAAGUAAUUCGUCCUUGGAAUGAACGCUUUGACGACGGAAAGUAUACAGAGAGUGAUGCCGAUGAACAAUUGAUCGUCUUUGUUCCUUUCACUGGAAGUGUCAAAUUACGUUCCAUCUGUUUACGUACAGAUAGAACAGAGUCUGCCCCCUCUAAAAUGAAAAUCUUUAUCAACCAUGAUGCGAUUGAUUUCGAUGCAGCCGAAAGUCAAAAACCUGUUCAGGAAUUUGAGUUAGUACAAGGAUCGAAUGAUGUUAUUGAAUAUGGUGUUAAAAUAGCAAAGUUCUCCAAUGUCAAAAAUAUUACUUUAUUCUUUCCUGAGAACUUUGGUGAGGACACAAGUAUCAUUCGAUAUCUAGCAUUUAAAGGCGAAUGGACAGAGGUUAAGCGCGAUCCGAUCAUAACUGUUUAUGAGGCAAAUGCAAAUCCAGCAGAUCAUAAAAAGGUUCCAGGUACAGAAAAUCAAAUGGGCCACUCAAUUCAAUAAAAAUUUACAUUUGGAUAGCUUUAUAAAUGUUUAUUCAAUCAAAAAAUAAUCAAAGAAAGAAACUAAACAAUUUGAAUAUGUAUAAAAUUGGGAGAUAAGAGAUAUAUGUAUGAUUAAACGAAUAA